GACGCACGGAUCGUCCAGGCAGGGCUGGCAUACAUUUUUUGGACCAGCACAGUAACGUUAUGCAGAGCAGGCGGCCAUGGCUUGGAAGUCUAGGACACGCAGUCUACAGGUGUUUGACACGGAGCUGAGUGCGGACACAGUGGAGUGGUGUCCUGUUCCACCGAACCACGACAUCCUGGCCUGUGGGACAUAUCAGCUACAGAAAGGGGUAGGGGAGGAGGAUGCAACCCCGAGCCGAACAGGGCGUUUGUACCUUUUUGAAUUUCAACGAGAAGGACUGAUGAGCCCUCCUCUCACUGAGCUACAGCGCAUGGACACAGCAGCCAUUUUAGAUAUGAAAUGGUGCCACAUGCCUGUGUCAGAGAGGGCUAUGCUGGGAAUGGCAGUGGCUACGGGGGAGCUGCAGCUGUACACAUUGUCAGAGAGUCAGGAAGGCGGCCGCAGCCUGCAGGCUCUGAGCAGUUUGGAGGUUGGAGCAGAGCGGCUGGCUCUGUCAUUGGACUGGUCUACUGGCAGGCUAGACAGCAGCAGUAAUGUCCGAGUGGUGUGCAGUGACUCUGCAGGCUGCAUCAGCGUUCUUUCUCUGGCUGAAGGCGCUUUAACGGCUCUGUCACAGUGGAAGGCCCAUGACUUCGAAGCAUGGAUCUCAGCCUUCUCCUACUGGGACACGCAGCUGAUUUACUCUGGUGGGGAUGACUGCAAACUCAAAGGCUGGGAUCUCAGAGUUGGUCCCUCCAGCCCCACUUUCACCAGUAAAAGGCACUCAAUGGGUGUAUGUAGUAUUCAAAGCAACCCACACCGGGAACACAUUUUGGCUACUGGCAGCUAUGAUGAGCAAAUUUUGCUGUGGGAUGGCAGGAACAUGCGGCAGCCCCUCAAUGAGAGUCCUGUGGGUGGCGGGGUGUGGAGGCUUAAGUGGCAUCCAACCAAUCAGCACCUGCUGCUCGCAGCCUGCAUGCAUAAUGACUUCCACAUCCUUCACUGCCAGCAGGCUGUAGAGGGCAGUGGAGAAGCAUGUCCUGUUGUAGCCUCCUACAUCCUUCACAACUCCCUGGCAUAUGGAGCCGACUGGUCCAGACUGUCCCUGGAGGACCCUGCUCCCUGCUCACCUCCUGCCGCAGAACCAAAGGAAAGCCUCGCAGAGAGCAGAGGACACUUGAGGAUUCAGUAUGAAUCUCCCACUGCCAGCUUUGAUACUUCCCUGGAGGACGACGCUGGACGAUACAUCCCAGAGGGAAUACCAGCUCCCUCUACCACACCUACUGCAGGUCCUGCCGUCAACCUUGACCAGGAUGCCCCCUCACUGUCCUGUCUGCUGGCGAGCUGCUCAUUUUAUGACCACAUGCUCCAUGUAUGGCGCUGGGACUGGACUCCUGAUAAAGGUCCUCAGGAAUCAGAGCAAGGCUGACCAAGCUUGAGAUGACACUGUAGAAAUAUUGUCUAUCAAACUAUAACAUGUACCGAAGUAAAGCAGAAUGUAUCGCCUAACUAUAACAUGGGCUUGAUAAACUGUUAUUUCAUUCACUGUCCCCUUCACUUUGGAAUAACUUAUCACAGAAUGUGAAAUUUGCAAAACCCUCUAUUUUCAUAAUGACAGUGAUUUUUUAAAACUUGUAUUUAAGCAUAAAUCAUUCAUAAUCCUUAUACUCCUGUGUUCUGUGGCAACAAGAGCAAUACAACCACACACACACUUUUAUUAUAUCUUUUGUUUUAAGUGUGUUUGAGGAAAAUCAUUACACUGACAAAACCAGCUUGCUUGAAGGUGAGCACCAAUUUUAACCCUUAAGUUAUGUACCCAUGCAUUAUAUGUUAAUUUGUCUGAUAGCUUUAUUGGUCCUCAAGGGAAAUUGUUUUCCUUUGCACCCUUCUAGCUGCUGAAGGGCAUUGUACUCUUGGAUUCAGUUACGUGUUUACAUUUAGGCCGAGUUUUAGCCCAGAUUAGCUGGUGGCUGCAUUAUGACUCCCUUGUAAUGAACCUCUAGAUAUAAACUGCAGUGUCUGUGCUGCUCCCCAGAAAUCUGAGGUGGUGAUAUUCACCAUAUGAUAAUUCUGGAAACUACAUUAAAGUAUUUCCUGGAAAUUUG